AUGGAUCACCAAAAUCAAAAUAAUAGUAACGACGAAAUUGAAAUCCAAAACCUCGGUAGUUCAGUUCCAUAUACCGAGCCAUCCACUUCUAGUAUUGACAACAGCUUCGACAACGAUCAAAAAAAUAGCAGCGACGUCCAGAUUGUAAAAAAGGACGACUACAAACCAAAGCUUAAAGAUGAAGUUCCAAAGCACUCUCGUUUCAACCCAAAGUUCUACACCGAAGAUCACAUCAAUGAAACUCGUCUCAUCCUGAUGAGUAUGUUCUUCAAAUUCGCUUUCGAAACUCUUUCACCAGCACUCGGUCUAUACGUGCUAACUAAAUUCGACAGCUAUGGUGUCACUCUUUUAGCAGUUAUGAAUAUUGUAUACUUUUUGAUGCAAUCUGUUGGAUCUAUUAUGGUUGGACCAUUCAUUAGAAAAUUCAGAGCAUCCAGAGUCACUUCAAUUGUAUUUUUGUUCAUGUUUGCCGUCAUCUCUUUCAUUAUCCUUUUGGAAGCCGGUUACAAAGGUACUCGUACUGAACUCGGUGGAUGGGAUAAAUGGUUGAUCACAGUUGUCUAUAUUGUCAUGGGUUUGAGUUUGGGUAUGAUCGAAGUCAGUCGUAAGUUGAUUCCACGUCAGAUCCUCGGAAACGACAACGAUGCACUCUCCAAAAUGAACGGUCUCGUCCACGUUUUCUACGAAGUAUCAGGUACUUCCGGUGCCUUCCUCUCGACCCCACUCAUCAAGUUCUUCGGUCCCAUCUACUCAAUGUUUUUGAUGCCACCCUUCUUCUUGGUUGCCAGUAUCAUUGCCUUCACCAUCACGGAGCCAUUCCCAGCGGUCAAGGAAAUCUCCAACGAACCAAAACCAAAACACAACGCUUUGGUUGGUAUCCUCAUUAGCAUCAAGGAGGAAUCACUCAAUUACUGCAAGACCGUUGGUCGUGGAGCACGUUACAUCCUCACCAAAGACUACUGGUGGGUUAUCCCAACCUACGUCAUUCCACAAGUUCUCCACAGAAUCUUGGAGAAUGUCCUCUUCUCUGUGUUUGCCAAGAAGAUUCUCCACGACGGUUCACUCUCGGGUAUCUUGACUGGAGGUUCCAACUUUGGUGAGUUGUGCGGUGCGCUUGCCGUCGUCAAAUUCGGUAAAUACGUCAAGAAUCCAAUGUGGUGGGUACGUGUCGACGGUCUUUGCUGCUCUAUUGUUUGGGUGUUGGUUUACCCACCAUCAGGUGUUCCAAUCCAUGUCGCCGCCACUCUCAUUCCAUGCUGGAUCUUUGUCUCUAGUUCGUGGGCAGCCGGUGACGUAUCGAUUCUUUCGUUCCUCCAAUCGUCGUUCCCAUUGAAUGUCAAUGCCAACGACAACUUUGAGGCUGCCGCUCGUCAAGAUCGUUUGGAGGAGAUCGCUCUCGACAAGGAGGAUCUCUCAGAGGCCGACGACAUUGACAAGGAAAUCGACGAAGAAAUGGGUGAUAAGAAGGGUAGCGGUAAGAUGGUAAAGAAGGACGACGACGUUGCCGACGAAGACGAUCCACCAACUGGAUCACCAUUGGCAUCAGUCCUUGGUUUCCUCUUCACAACUUACGCCGUCAUCAUUUCGCUCCUCUCAUUCGGUCUUGGUCGUGUCAUGGACAACUUUGCCGCCCAAGGUGACAUCCAUCAAGGUUUCUUCUGGAUUGCCGGUGUUGGUUUCUCUGCCGCCGGUUUCAUUGCCAUCAUCUCUUCAUUCUUUGCCAAAUCACCAAAAUUCCAGUAA